CCCUGUGUUACCCCAUUUUCCCCUUGCCAUUCGUUGUUACCCUUGUUACCCUCUGCUCCCCUGUGCUUCCUUGUGUUGCCCUGUGUUACCCUGUGCUACCCUGUGUUACCCUGUGUUAGCUUUGUUACUCUAUGUUUUCCUGUGUUACCCAGUGUAACCCUUGUUAUGCUAUGUUCCUUCAUGUUACCCUUGUUAUCCUGUGUUACCCGUGUUACCCUGUGUUACCCCGUUUUACCCUGUGUUACACCUGUUACCCUGUGUUAUCCUUAUUACCCUGUGUUCCCCCUUGUUACCUUUGUUACCCUAUUUUAUCCCAUGUUACCCUGUGUUACUCAGUGUUACCCUUUGUUACCCCAAGUUACCCUGUGUUACCAUGUGUUACCACGUGUUACCCCGUGUUACCCUUGUUACCCCGUGUUACCUUUGUUACCCCAUGUUACCCUGUGUUACCCUUGUCAUCCCGUACUACCCUGUGUUACCCUGUGUUAUCCCGUGUUACCCUCUGUUACCCCUUGUUACCCUGUGUUAUCUUGUGUUACCCUUGUUACUCUGUGUUACCUUUGUUACCCUGUGUUACCCUGAUUACCCUUUGUUACCCCGUGUUACUUUUGUUACCCCGUGUUACCCUCUUUUACUUCGUUUUACCCUUGUUACCCUGUGUUACCCUUGUUACCCUGUGUUAAUGUUGUUACCCCAUGUUACCCUUGUUACCCCAUGUUACCCUUGUUACCCUGUGUUACCCUUGUUACCCUGUGUUACCCCAUGUUACCCUUUUUACGCUGUGUUACCCUAAUUGCCCUCUGUUACCCCUUGUUAACCCUUGUUACCCUUGUUACCCCUUGUUACCCUUCUUACCCCAUGUUACCCUUGUUACCCCUUGUUACCCCUGUUACCCUUUGUUACCCCUUGUUACCCCUUGUUACCCUUGUUACCCCUUGUUACCCUUGUUACCCCAUUUGUUUUGGCCUUUCAGUUAGAGUAGCAAUGCAAACCCACAGCUCCUCCAAAACCUUUAAGGACACUUUAUUCAUUCACUAGUCUUUCAGGAAUUGAAAUGUAUAACAUGAGUCUUAUUUUCUACUGUGGAUAAAGAUCUGGUCAGGAAUCCCCAAAUUUUGCUCAGCUUCUUUUUAACUAGGUUGUUCAUUUUUACUGCAAAUAUCAUGCUCGCUCCCAAAUUUGUCUUUGAUACCCUAAAACGAAAGGAUUUAAAGAAACGUUCUCUACGUCUGUUUUCCAAGACGUACUCCUUGUUACCCCUUGUUCCCCCUAGUUCCCCAUAUUUACCCCUUGUUCCCCUUUCUUCCCCUUGUUACCCCUUGUUAUUCUUGUUCCCCCUUGCUACCCCUUGUUACCCAGUGUUACCCCUUGUUAACCCUUGUUACCAUUGUUACCCCAUGCUACCC